UCUUCAGCAAAUCGAUAAGCGUCUUGUAUUCUAAACACGAAAUCAGAAUUCGAUACCGUAUAAAAAGAAUGAAUCAAGUGUUUCCUUAAUAAUUUUCUUUUACGAACGUCCGUUUCUCUUAAGAAAUUCGUUUUUGAAAUCUUUAUAUCUUAUUAAAAGAGCGUCAAUAAUUAUAUAAAAGCCGUCGCUUUCCGAAACAUUAAACAGUCCACCUCUCAUCGAAAUACAUGAAUGAUGUUGCAGAACAAUUUGGAAUUUUGUAGUAUAUUCCUUCUUUUGUUCACUUUUGUAAACACAGCUCACUUUAGAGGAGGGACAAUAAGUUGGAAAGCUACUGGCAAUGGGAACGAGGUACAAUUUUCGUUUAAACUCGGUUGGGCUUAUGGGCGAGGACCAGGAUGCACAGCAGCAACAAUUGGACAACUUGUGACUAAUAUGAACAGCUCCUACUGGCAAUGUACAAGUGGAUGUGGUUCAACUCUAAACAUCGCUAACGUUAACUAUAUAUGCACUGGUGCCAGUCAGUCUGAAAAUUGGGAGCAAGGGGAGAACGUAUUUACAUACACUUUUGCAGGAAUCGGCCCCUACAAGGUGGAAUUUACGGGAGGUGAUUGGGUGACUCUGAGCUAUGGUUCCCCAGGAAGUUGGUCCAUAGGCACUGUUGUUUACCUAGCAAAAAGAAACGACACAAAUCUACCAAAUACGAGCCCUGUUACAACCGGCAAGCCAACAUACAGAGUGCAAUAUGGUUGUCGAAAUGAGAUUCUUAUCCCGGUUGUUGACGCUGAUGGUGAUGAUGUAAGAUGUCGUUGGUCCAACGGUACGGAGUGUGUGUCUAUCUGUGAUGCACUGCCUAAUGCUGUUAUUGACAGUAACACUUGCACAAUAAGGUUUUCAGCAACGCACACAUCUAACGGAACUUUUGCCGUUGCGGUGACAGUGGAAGAUUUUUCAAAAUCUAACAUAUCUAUUGGGGGUCAUGUAUACUCUACCUCCAGUCCUCUUUCCACUGUCACGUUACAGUUUCUUGUGAAGACACCUCCACUAACAGUAAAUUGUAAUGACAAACCUGUUUUUGUCAGCCCAACAUUAGCGCAAGGAUUCACCGUCCAUGUGGAUAUCCUUAAAGCAUUGAACGUAUCAUUUUACGUUUCUGGCAGCAGACGCAUCACGGGAAUUGGUUUGACAACACCAGCAGGUAUGACUUAUACACCUCUUCAAGUUGAUCAUUCACGUAAUAAAACGGUGUUCGUCAGAUCAAUGUGGAGGCCACAACAGAACCAAGUGGGGUCUCAUAUUUUGUGUGCUCUUGCUGAAGACGUUUUGGGAAAAACCAGUGAAUCAAGAUGCAUAAAGAUACUUGUAAAAGAUAUUAGUCCAUGCGACAGCUCUCCAUGUGAGCAUGGAGGAUCGUGUAUAAGACAAGGAAUAACACAGAAUUAUGUGUGUAAUUGUGUAUCGGGUUACACUGGAAGCCUUUGUCAAACUGACAUAGAUGAGUGUUCUAGCCACCCUUGUCACCAUGGCGGUACGUGCAGGGAUGGUGUUAACAUGUUUUCCUGCUUCUGUUCUCCUGGUUUUACUGGGCGGAUGUGUCAAACAGACAUUGACGAGUGUGCCAGUAGACCCUGUCAGAAUCAAGGGACAUGUAAUGACCUUGUCAAUCAGUACAAUUGUACCUGUAUGGCAGGAUACAGCGGAUAUCAAUGUCAGACGGAUACUGAUGAGUGUGUCGACCAUCCGUGCUCCUCACUGUUCGAUUGCCAAGACCUCGUAAACCAUUUCUCUUGUACACUGAAUACAGGGAAACUGAUGGCUAUUUUGAUGAGUUUAAUGUUAAUAGCAGGAGUUUUGACUUUCCUGUUUUUGCUGGCAAAGAGAAGACGAUAUAAAGACGUCGAUCAUACAUGGCUGGCAAAUUUUCAGGACAUUCGUAAACCGGACAGUCAACCAAAACUUGUUUUCAGAACAAAGAUACCUCAUAAGAAACUACAACAUCGCUGGACAGUAGAGAGAAUUAGAAAACUGUUUUUCACGUUUUGUAAGAACAACGGCGAUUGAAUUACUAUAUUGAGUGAUCCUUGAAAUCGACGAUGCUUUCUGUAAAAUACAUGUAUUUUGUGAGCAAGUCGAAAGCAUUCUAGUAUACAAUAAAAAGAUCAAAACUUACACCUACCACACGCCUUGACCAAUCAUAGUGUAAACUUUUUCUUACUAGAAAGCAAAUACGAUGUUCUGAUUUGUUUUGUUUUGUUGUGGGUUUUUUUUACCAAUAAACUCUUUUAUUUUUUCUCAUGCUGCACAAACUCACCGCAGCUAUGUUUUUGCAAAUAAUGAAAAAUAACUGUAGC